AUGAACAGCGCAGACAAGCUCCAGGACACCGGGUCCAUCUCCAUGCUCUCCCCGAGAACCAUCGUGCCCCUGCCCCUCUCCGAACGACCUCGUGCGCCCAAGGAGUUCAUAAAUUACCACUGGGAGAUACUGAAGCAGCGCUUCGUGGACCGGCUGCAGCGACUCAUGAACUCGUGGGCGACCAAGCCCAAGUGGAAUAAGAGGGCGCGCAUCCGCUCGACAAACAGCGAGAUAAUCGCCGCGGCGCGCAGCCUGCACGCGUCCAUGUCAUACUGCCUCGCCAGGGGCGGCGCCGCGGAGAAGGCACAGCUGAGCCAGAUCUGUGUGCCCAAGCUGUACCGGUCGCUGCUGAGCGCCAUCGAGCACCGGCCCGCCGGAAAGAGCUACGAGUGGGAGCGCGUGGCCGAGACGGGCCGGCCGUGGUGGCCGCGCGUCAUUGACAACAAGUGGACCGAGACGGACGUCGGCUUCAAGGUGACGUUCCGCCAGGCCGUCGUGGGCAUCAAGAGCAAGCAGCGCCUGAGCGAGCUCAACGCCAGGGGCGAGAGGGUCUCGACGAAGGAGAUGGAGUUGCUCGAGUACGUCGUGCUGUGGCGGCAGGUCGACCCCGUCAACCUGACGCAGUCCGACUGGCAGAUCUACGGCACGCUGAAGGAGACGACGUACGAGGACUUGAUGGAGGAGGUGGACGAGAUGAAGGAGGCCCAGAAGGUGACGGCCCAGAAGAAGCUGGACGCGGAGCGGAAGGCGCUCGGGAGUCGCAAAUAG